UCAAAAUAGAAAGCACCGGUGGCCGAUGUGGUCGAUCUAUUUUUCUGAUUCAGUAAGAAUUAAAUUUCUCCAGCAUGUCUCAAGUUUGUUCGAAUUGCGGUGGUAGUGACAUUGAUAUAGAUCAAGCUCGUGGUGAUGCUGUGUGCAUGGGAUGCGGUUCUGUCCUUGAAGACAACAUUAUUAUUUCCGAGGUACAGUUUCAAGAGAACAGUAUUGGAGGAGCUAGUGCAAUAGGACAGUUCGUCUCGUCAGAGGGUAAGAAAUGUUCUUUCAACUAUGAACUUUUCAAGAACUCUUUUGGAACUUUUAAGAACUCCUUUGACGAAAUUAAUAGAGAAACUCGUACAUUUAACUUGAUGUUUAUAGUGUGAGGAUAGUACACGUGUAUUGAACAUCUCUGUUUGAUUUUCUUUCUGAAAUCAUCCAUUUUUUACUAAUUUUACAUCACUGUGUUAGGAUAAAAAAGAAGGAAAAGGGAAAAAAAAUGAUGUCAACAAGGAAAUAGGAUGUUUACACAUAAGUUCGCGAGCAUCGUGUAGGGUUUGAACCACGACGUUGCUGUAGGCCAAGGGGCGAUUGGCGAAGAAGCAAGAUGUGAUCUCCAUUGCGCCAUGCGGAUCACGUGACACUUAUUGCUCCAAUCGAUUGUUUUUAUCGUGAAGAAAAGGUGGUUGCCCUGUUUCCGUUCACCACAAAUUACCACUAUAAUGAUUGUUUAUUUUCUCAUAAAUCCUAUGGUAUUCUUAAUUUAUGUGUUUAAGUAAUGGUCCGUGUAAGAACUAGGCAAAAGAACAAUAGGCUAGUGCAAUAGCGGCAGUUAUUUUUUAGGUGCUAAUUUCUCUAAUCAAAUUAAAUUUGAAUGCUCUGAUUGGUCAAUAGGGCAAAAAGCGCGAAAUUUGAAUUAUAGAAAUGAAUUAAGAUAGUAAAAGAGUCAUUCAAACAAUUUUUUAUUUUGUCUACUGCUCUGAUAUGUUGAAAACUAUAACAUAUCUAAAAUUUAGAGGAUUUCUAUGUGCCAAACCCAAACAAAGUUAAACUGAUAUAAAAUUACAUGAAAAUGGCACAGGAAUACAUCAAUCGGCGACCUUCUGAAAGACAGCUACUUCGGCUUUCACAAAGGAAAUGUCAAAACUGUGAUCGGAAACAGCAGUAAUCCAAGCUCACAUGGCGAACGCGCCAAAGCCGCGUGGUUUUAUUUUGCCACCAUAAAGAACAACAAUUUCAUAAAAUCAUGUCGGAGGGUUAUCCUAAUGGCCUGCAUUUGAAUAAAAAGACGAUUGUCCAUACAGAAAAAAAUUCAUGGAUGUUCAGAGAAUUCGGUUUCAGAAGAAGUUCUCUUGACAGUCUUACAUGGUAGAUAUAUUUUUAGUCUAAAUAUCUCCGCAAAACCUACUUUCAUACUUAGAAAAAGUAAAGGAAACAGUUACAGUCAAACUUGCAUGAUCUUUCGUACCGGGUAACACUCAAAACUAGUGAGAGCUACAUUUGUAUUAUAUAUGAUAACUAAGCGGCUGCCGUCUUACAACUGUUGCGAAAUUACAAUCACAAAUUUCGAUUCGUUCGUCUUAAGUUGCACUUAGCUUGACAAAACAGCCUAGAUUGAAAACAAAUCGAAUUAUAGAAGAGUAAAGAUACACAAAAUUCCGAAGUUUCGAAAAGGACAAAAUAACUACACAGUCACAUCAUGCGGUGAUGCGAUAAUUUAUUGGGUUCAGCUUACCUCAAUAAGCUCAAAUCAGGCGGCUUCACAUCGCUUUAAGAAAUUUAAUUUAUUUCUGUAUAAAGAACAAAUCUGUCGCUUCCACUCUUUGUGCCCAGCUAAUCUCCACGAUUACUCUGAAUCAUCACUGAAUCAAAGCGACCCCCUCCUGACAACAUAAACAACUGCUUCGGUCCUAUUUGUCCACAUGGCCACUCGACGACAUGUUGAGGACAGCUGCAAACGCUGCUGCAGUAGGAAUUUCACGAUCACUCCGAUGAUAAAAUACAUUGAAUAAAAGCAAUAAACAAUCGAUAAAGGGAAAUAUGUAGAUUUCAGCGAUGAAAUUGACGACAUUUCUUUGGGCAAAAGACAAAUUUCCUCACAUCUCAAGUAUGGCAUCCAAGAUGGUUCACAACAAGGUCACGCGCGUGUUGCACGUUUUCUGCUCUAACUUUUGAUUGGCGCACAGAACAAUGCUUAAACUUGGCCAUGAGGUAAAAGACAGGAGAAUGGGGGAAAUAAAGCUCAAAAAAGUUGUUUUUGUCACGUUUUUCUUGGUUUUUUCGUCGAUUUUUGGAUUUCAGCCAAUCAGAACCCACCAUUUAAUUGAAAUUAAAAAUUAAAAGUUAACACCUUUUAAUCGAUUUUGCGUUCUGCCUGCCUAGUUCUUACGUGGACCAUUACUUAAUUUUCUCUUUUGAUAUAAUAACUUGAAUAACUAAUUUCAAAUCUCAGUAAUUGUUAUAGUGACUGAAAAGGUUGUACAGUCGACUUCCGGUAUUAAACUCGAACCUCCGGCUACCUCAAAGCAAUUUUCAUUUCCCUUCAGAUCGUUUUCUAAAUAAUUUUACCCUUGAUAACUCAAACUCCUGGUAACUCAAACUUUUUUCUAUUUCCCUUGAAAGUUCGAAUUAUUGGGAGUCGGCUGUAGUUAUGAACAACAGUAUUAAGGGACACAGCUGAUUUGCAUGUCACAAGAUGGGCAUGAAACAGAAAGUGAGAAGCGUAUCCAGAAUGCUCUAAACAAACCUUGUAGAGUUGAACUAGAUACAUGCUGAUUAAUCAUGAUUAUAGACCCUAAGCCAUAUCAGCAAAUACUUCCGAAUUCGAACUUCAGUAGAGGUGAGAAAUUGCACGAAGUCUGAAUCAUUGUCGAAGGUUCAAAGCCGAGAAAGCUUGAUUUUCCAAAUAAUGUAACCUUUUCCAGCGAUUUUCCAAAAUUAAUAUAUAUAACGAUCACGGUAUUAUAAGAUAACGAUAACGCUCACCAAUGUUACUAAUUCAUUUCUCUUGUUAUCUUGGUAAAUGAAGGCAAUUUCUCCGGCCUGGUGCCUAUGCGUUUCUCACCUCUUCCGUUCAUAUUCCUUUGAAUACUGUUCUUAAUGAAAUAUGACAAAAUAAUGCUAUAGGAUGAGUAAAAGUUUGCUCAAAAAGAGGUUUUCAGUUAAAGAUCGUGGACUGAAUGAAACACUAGGGAGGAUUGAAGGGAAUUUCUAGAUGUAUCUGAUGCGUAGAUUUGAUUUUGGGUUGAGGUAAACUUUUUUCAAACUGGCUAAAGAAGUGUCCCUUAGCUGACUGUGUCCCUUUAAAUUCUCAUGUAUUUUUUUAUUUAUUUACCAGGAAACAAAACAGGUGUUGGACUUGGCUCUGGGUUUCGUCAUGGUCUUGGCCAAGAAUCAAGAGUGGUGACUCUUGAAAAUGGUAUUUCAUGAUUUGUGCUUCUGAUUUGUGUUUUUUUUCUCUAACUUUUUAAGACGCUGACCAUUUUAAUGCUAGUGAGACAUUUCAGUCAUCCAAUUAAACGUACAUACAAGCAAAUCUUAACGAUACCUCAACAUUCGCUUUACAAAGAGUCUGAUGGAGGUUUUAGGUUCGUUGAUGUUCAGAGAUCUAUGACUGGCAGACAUAUGUAGCUGAUGGAAUAAAAUGGUACAAUCAAAACAGCUGUGACUGAGUGGAGAAAAAUUUUGAUAACUUGUGUUGAGGUCAAAUUAACAGAUGUCCAUUUUCCUUGACAUUAAUGCAAAGAAAGUUUCACUUUUCUUAUUUGCAUUUCUAUUUUUCAAAUUAUAUUCAUUUGUUUCCUUUCAAGAUUAUAAGUCUUGCCUACAUAAAAUUCUACAAGUGUAUUUCUUGCUCCUCUCUUCCUCUGAAAUCCCAAGUUAAUCCCACCCCAGUAAAAAUGUAGGUGUGAGCAAACUGUGAUCACAAAGCGUGAUCACCAGUAAAAUUUUUUAUGUGUGGUCACAUCCUUGUAAUGGAGUAAACCAUGAUAUGAUCUAAUCAUGAAAAGACAGCUAUGUAAUAAAUUGGAUCAGAAAGGCUUGAUCAAGUCCAGAAUAAAUUCAUGAUCAUGGACACUAUGAAACACUGCAGAUGAAGCAAAAAUAUACCUCUUCGAAAAAAAUUAAGGCACCAAAAAUAAAGUUUAUUUAAUAUUAUUAUUAUAAUGUUAUAAGUAAAACUAAAGCGCUUAAAUUGCAGUAUCGGGGUUGUCACUAAAAUUUCAAGUUGCCUGGUAAAAUAAUACAACAAGUAGGUGGGGAAUCAAUUAGCUAAGAAUUUAUUUAGGUUCUAUUUUUCGUCUAUUUUUCAAUUAAUGCAGCCGGGGACCACGCUCAUUAGUAGCUGGGGGAAUCCCCAGGCCCCCGGCUCUUAAUUACAGGCCUGGUCAGUAUGCACGCCAUCUGAUGUAAACUGUGAUCACAGCUGGGGUUGAUCACAGGUCUGAUCACUUCUUUCAUGGUUUGACAAUGCUAUCCCAAAAGUAUGAUCAUGAGAAAAGGAGUGAUCAUGCCAGUGACCUUGGGCAUGAUUUGUGAUCAUGCAUUGCUUGAUCACAAAAUAUUCUUACUGGGACAGCCUUCUAAAAAGGCAAAACCUGGAUCCUGAAAAAGCUCUUUGGGAACACCCUUACAUGGGUUUGUCUGAGCUGUUACUUUGCUCCUUUUUACAUGUAGGCAAGAAGAGAAUAAAUAUGGUUGGUCAUCAGUUACAGAUGAAUCAGCAUUGUAUUGACACGGCAUAUAACUUUUACAAGUUAGCAGUAAACAAACGCCUCACCAGAGGCCGGCGAAUAAACAAUGUUGUAGCAGCGUGCUUGUAUCUUGUAUGCAGAACAGAGAGAACACCGCGUAUCCUUUGAAAAUCAGUUUUAAAAAAAGUAACUUCAUGUUAUGUGAUGCAGGUGAUGUUUCUGUUUGUGUCUCAGUUCAGUUAAUUAAGUGCAUUUGUGUCUCAUUACUUCUUCUUGUCAUGUCAGAGGCACUUUCCAAGUAAUCUAUCCACAAAUUAUUCAAAAGAUAAACUUCAGCAUUUUAUUAUUGCCACAAAGUUUUUGUCAUAGGCCAUCUCCAGGCUUACAGUAUCAAAUUGAAUCUAGUGGCUCAGCUGGUAUAAUAUUAAUCAUAGGUGAUUGCCUCCACUAGCCUAGCUGUACACGUAUACUAUAAGUAUGUGCACAACCUGAAGAGUGUUCUCCAGAUGGGAGCUCCAGUAGCUGCCAAAAAUUGCUGUAUAGUUGGCACAGAAGCACUGGCUACUCAAACAAAAGUAUUUUCUAAGAAAGGAAAUAGAUCGCUGGGUAGUAUUUGUUUCUGAGCCAUUUUGUUCAAUAACAGCAGAUUUAUGAUAAAAAAUAUUUUGUAUAGGUAAAUGAAGGUGCCACCUCCAUGACUAAAAUUCUUUAACUGGUUGCUUAAAUUGCACUGAAAUGCACUUUCUGAAGCCCCUAAAAUAAAAAUUUUUCCCAAGGACAGGGGGGCAAAUGCCAGCCAUGUCUACCCCCACAUGGAGCACAUCAGCAUGAAACUGGCUUUCCACUCAUUUUAAUCUAAUCAUUUGCCACCUCCUUUAAUUUUUGAUCCUCUACCCUACUUUUUCUGGAGAAGACUGCAUAAGUAAGAGUGAAAUGCAGAGUAACAUAUUAUGGAAUCCUUGACACAAUUGCAGACAUGCUUCUGGACUUCAGUGAUGUUUUGCAGGUACUGCUAUCAGCAUUUUAGUCUUAUCUUUUAAGAAGGAACUUCACAACCUGCCGAAGUAAAGGAUACCGGUAGAAUAAACGUUAGGAAUAAUAAACUUAGUCGAUUGAAAUAAACUGCCAGACUCUAAAGUCAUCCCUCACUUGCUUCUGGAUGGGUUUAGUAUAGCAAGCAUGGAGAGUGUGCUUUCACUUUGUGUCAGGGUGGACAUUAUGGGCGCUUUCCAUUUACCAAAAACUUUGAGAAACUUCCAUGGAAGUUAACGUCCAUCGAGUGAAGAACGUGUUCCAUUUGACCAAGGUUCCAUUUGUUUAUGCUCUCAUCACCAAAAUUCAAGAUGGUGGCACAGAUAUCGCUGUGAAUAGCAUAGAACUGGUGAUUCCUCGCAAAAACCUGUAAAUCAAACAUGCAUUUCCAUUGGAAAAGUUUCUAGUGGGAAAACAGGACUACCUUUUCAAUUUUCCAGUUAUUCCCGGGAAUUUUCCAGUGGAACGCCUGAUAAAAGCAUGUUCCAUUUACAUCUCAAGAAGAAUUUCCGGAAUAAUUGGUAAAUGAAAAGCACCCUAUAUGUUUCUUUUGGUGAUUUCUAUUGUUUUCCCCUAAGCCUUGGCAACAAGUUUGAAAUUAUUAUUUGUGUGAAGUUAGCCACUUUUUAGCCUCGGAAUGAUAAUUAGCACCCUGAGUGUGGGAAUUGAAUUUAACUCUUGUGAAUUGCUUUGAUAGGUUGAUGUGUUUACAUUGGGUAGAGCUUAUCUUAAACUGGCUCAGGAGCUCUACAUUAAUCUGCCUGCUGUUGGUAAGAAAGCCUUAAACCUGUAUGUAAUGUUUAUCAAUAUUAUUUGUGUGGUUAAGUAUAUGGUGCUUAUUCUUAGUUUUCACUUAAUUUGUGACAAGGUAGUCAAGCUGGUGUAUAAUACAGAGUAUUUUCACAGAAUUUGUACCACAAUUAUUUAUUUCCCAGAGGAGUAAACCUACAUGUUGGCUGUGACAUCACCCCAUAAAUAUCACAUACAGUCGAACCUCCCUAAUACGGAGACCGAAGGGACAGAGCAAAGUGUCCGUAUUAGAGAGGUUGCUAUGAUUACAUAUACGUCACCUUUCAGGCCCCACUAACAGGUUAGAGUGUUCGUUAAGUAAAAUCAAGCCCAGAACUCAGUGCCUUGUUAAUUUCUGAAUCUAAUUUUAUUAAUGUUAAUUGUACUUCUCAGUUACAUGCAGUACAUACGAAUUUUGCAACAAAACGAAAUACUUUGCCUAAGACAUGUUCUGGUAUUGGUUUAUCGCUGACUGAUAAAGUGUCAAUGUUUGUGUAACUGCCGACAGGAAAUGGUACAUAUACCACAAAUUAUCAACACCUUGUCCCGUAGUGUCCGUAAAAAAGAGGUUAAGUUUGUACGAAUUUGCUCCAAAGGGCCGAGAUUUUGUGUCCGUUGUCAGUAUUAGAGAGGGUCCGUAUUAUAGAGGUUUUUUUUGGAGGAAAUGUAUGAGAAUUUUGUCGGUACAUAUAUAGGAAACUGUCCAUAAUAGAGAGCUGUCCGUAUUAGAGAGGUGUCCGUACCAAGAAGUUCGACUGUAUUUGUGAAGCAUGCUUAUGUGCUGCUUACUGGUUUCUAUAAAAACCAUUCCAGAAUGAGUCAUGAAAUUGUUCCUGUGAAAUGUAUUUCAUUCUGGUAAAAUGUAACCUGACAAAAGAACUUUCUCCGGAGAUGAAAUUGCAAACGCUGUAUAAUCUAGGGUGAGUAGAGCAUGUAUGUUUGAUCUCGCACAAAAAUCAUGUGAGUGAGAAAUCCUUAGGCUGACAUUAGCUGAGAUGGUUGAUGUUGUCCUGUGAAUGCAGUAGGGACUUCAUAUUUUUAGGAAAAUUUAUUGGGGAAUGAAAACAAUUCUGGUAUCAUGUGAAUAGCCUGUAACUACCCAUUCAAUAACGUUUAGUUCCCUUUUAGUUUGCUUUGUUUUAACUGGAAAAAAUAUGAAACGUUGACUUGCCCAGAGAAGGUUGGGUCAUGAAGACUAUGUUUUUUAUGUGCUGGGUUAAUAAGCUCCUUAUAGAACAAUAUAUUAGAAAGCAGGUAUUCAAUAAUGGCUGUUAGAGUCAGUUAAGGAAUUAUUAUGUAAUUACUAUACUUCUCCUGUUCCUAGAUCCUUGUCUAUACAUCCAUCGUUUUGCACACAAAUUGGAGUUCGGUGAAAAGGAGCAUGAUGUUGCUAUGACUGCAUUGAGGUUAGUCUCAAGAAUGAAAAGAGAUUGGAUUCAUCAUGGUCGGCGUCCUUCAGGGCUCUGUGGGGCAGGUAAAUGACCUUGGAGGAUGUUUUGUUUUCUAUUUCUUGUCUAUUUCUUAUCAUUACCCAUUUGAGUUGCACAUUUCUGUUUACCCCAUCCACUCCCCCUCAGGUGCUGCAAGGAGAACUAGUGGAGGGACUAGUGGGUUUGCAAGUCCCAAGCUUAUACUGUGUUUUGAGCUUUAAGUGUUCUUGUUUCUUUGCACCAUUUUCUGUAACCAUGUAUGGCUUGAUUUCAAUUGUGUAAUGUAUCUGCCAAAUAAUGUUAUUUAUUUCAUCCUUGACAGCCCUCUUGGUCUCCGCAAGAUUACAUGGUUUUAAUAGAACAGUGCGCGAAGUUGUGCGAGUUGUUCGCAUCAGUGAAUCCACCAUUAGAAAGAGGUUAGGAGACUUUCAAGAUACACCUUCUAGCCAACUCACCAUUGAUGAAUUUCAAAAAAUAGAUCUUGAGGAAGAGCAAGAUCCUCCUUCAUUUACGCAGGCAAGGAAAAGGGCCAAACAGCAAAUGGAGGAGCUUAACAAACCUGAAAUCACUUCUGAAUUGGAGGCUUUUCAGAAAGCAGUUGACAUGGCUUUAGGAGUUCACAAAAAAGAGGAUAAUGUAAAAAUUAUCAAAGACAAUGGACCUAUUACUUCCGCUGAGAAUGAUAAUGGUGUUCCGGGGAAUGGCAGUUCAGUUUUUGUUCCCCCAUUUUGCACAGGAGAGCAGAAAAAUGUUGCAUUUAGCAAUGGUGGAAAUACAAAUUCUUCAUCAGUUGGUGAUGGGAAAGAAGACACGUCUCAGACAGGUAUAAAAUUUGUUUUUUACUUGGCCUAUAGUUGCCUUGUGCCUUGACAUGGGUGAGGACAACUUGAGUGUUUUAUUUUUCUUUACUUGACGUAAAGGUAGUGAUCAUGUUUUACAGUGCAAGUUCAAAAGUAGGUUAAGUUGCUUGUAAGGCCAUGUAAUGUCUAACCCUGCUUUAGGGACCUCAUUAUUAUGGACAGUUUGCUUUGUCCAUGGAGAUAGAAAACCCUGACAUUUUCUCUCAAUUCAACUGGCUUAAUAUGGACAACCCGUUCAAACAGACACAUUCUAUGGCCACCUUGGUGUCCAGUAUAAAUGGGGUUUGAAGGUAGCUAGAUACUGCUGCACGUUAGUGUUUCAGAGUUUUUCUUUCUCUCCCUUGCUUCGAGAUGUUUUUGCCCCAAGUGCUCUUGUUUUCCCUUCUCCUAAAAACCAUUGCUUCCAAAUUCCAAUUCAAUUUGAAACACACAGACACAUUUAAACGAUUUCUUCAGAACUCUUGAGUGCUUCGUGGGUAACUAAAUUACAAUUUACCAUAUUCUUGGGAUAUGACACAUAGUUCAGUGUUGCUUAUCAAAUGCCAUCAUAUGGCACAUCAGUGUACACUGUUUGCCUCAAUUCUAUAUUUUGAAAUAUUCGUUCUGUGUUGUAGUUGAAGAACCGUCAGAAGACAAAGAAAGUGAGGAGCUGGAUCUAACUGGGCUAGAUGAUGCUGAACUCGAUAAAGUAUGAUAUGUAGUCUUGUAGUUGAACAGAGUACCAACAGGCCGUUUUGAGGUUGUGCGUAACAGAGUUGUCGUUGGGCAGGUUUCGUACACUUACAAAUAAAUUCUGGAAAUUUGUUCUUUGUGUUGUCACGCAACACUUCUCCCCACAGGAAGAGGAAGGGUAGCUUGGAAGUAAUGGUGCAAGAGAUAAUGGGGCGCGCAAGGGAGACAUGCGUGUCUCUGUCAUGUGCCUUUUUCUUACCCGCGCCCAUUACUUCCAAGCGCCUGCUACGCAGGGUAGAGGAGGAGCUUGGAUGCAUAGGAGACUAGGAAGUGUGUAAUGAUCCUUUUGAUGUGUUGAAUUUUGGUCGUAAUGUUAAAUGUAUGCUGACGUUUGAGCUUACUGCACAUGUAUAAUCUAAAGAGAGAGAUUUGAGAGAUUAGUUUGGUUAUUAACGGUAGUCAAAAGAUAGUAUACCGGUAAUUAAGACAGGGCUUCUGAUAUUUCGCGCGGUCGCGGACCCGCGAAAUUCAGGUAUUUCCGCGAAAUCCGCCAGAAAUAUUUCCAAAUACAUGUCGGCAAAACAUAUUUAAUACUUAUCUUGGCUAUUAGACCUGUUUUAUUCACCCCAAACGUCCAAAUUUAUCUUGAAACUUCGUCACUGCAACGAGUAAACAACGUCCCGAAACUACCAGGCGUUUUUAGAUGAACGUUGCGAAAAACUGGGUACUAACCAUCAUGUUAAUAGCUUUAGCAUUCGCUCAUUUCUCGAGCGAACUGUUGUGGAAAGAGUAAAUGAUUAUCCCUGUUAAAAAAACGUUAAAAACGCUGGUCAUAUCGACGCAAAAUUGAUCGAUUUUAGCUAAAUUUGCCCAAAAAAAAUCCAGCGAAAUCGGCAGUUUUUUACUGAUUGUUUCUUGGCGAAGUUUCCCCCCGAAAUUUCCCGUGAAAUCGGCCGAUUUUUCUUAGAAUUUGCCCCUGAAAAUCCUUCGUAAUUUGACUUUUUUCCGCUAAAAUCCCGCAAAAUCGGCCGAUUUUUCUGCGAAUUUUGACUUUUCUCCCGCGAAAAUCCUGCGAAAUCGGCCGAUUUUUUCGCGAAUUUUGACUUUUCUCCCGCGAAAAUCCCGCGAAAUUGGCCGAUUUUUCCGCGAAUUUGCCCCUGAAAAUCCCGCGAAAUUUUGCUUUUUUUCCGCGAAAUAUCAGAAGCCCAAUAAGAGUUCCGCACAAUUAAGAAUUCUUUCAAUUGAGAAAUCUGUUAAUGGAUUUCUAACCAGGAAUUUUUGGAUUCCCCCCUCUCUGUAGACAAUUCAGUGAAAAAGCUUUUGUAACUUUGGAAUCUUUUAGGAAGUUAGCGAUGAUGCCGCGAUGACGUUUGCUCAUUUGGUGCAACUUUCCGUAUAUCAAAAUUACUUUGUCCAAGUAUUCAGUGAGUUAAAAUCAUUUCUUGCCUACUUGAUUUCCAGUGCCUUUUAAACAGCGAAGAGAUUGAAAUAAAGACAAAACUCUGGAUGGAAGAAAAUAAGGAUUACUUGGAAAAAUUAAAAGGUGAAUUUAUUAUGUCGUUCAUUUAGGUAUGUAUAGCGUGUGCAGUAAAGGUAAGGAUCUAAUCAAUAUUCAGGCAAGGAGGGUGCUUUCACUGCAUGAAAGGGAAUCCAGACUCCGGAACCCGGGAAUACCUUACUUGUGGAAUCCAGAAUCUGGGAAAAUUUUGCUUGAAAAUUCGGGAAUCCUGGUCUUUGGAAUCCACAAUACAGCUCAAGGGAUCCGCAGUCCUACUAAAGAGGGGAAUCUAGAAUCCAUUUUCCACUGACAAAGGCUGGAAUCCAGUACCUGGAAUCCGGAUUUCGCAGCGUGGAAUCCAGAAUUUGUCUUGGGUUCCCUUACAUUGGGCCAGUACAGUUGCGUUAUUAUCCAAACAAAUUAAAUCCUAAAAGAGUUUUAAACCCAUGACCUUGCUUUCAACUGGACGAUUGCUAUAACCAACUCUGUUAGACAAUGAACUGUGCAUUCACGGCUGAAAAUCGUCUAACCGAAUGCGGACAUUUUGGUUACGCCAGCCAAAUACCUUUACUUCCGUUAAAAAAGCAAUCAAAUAGCCUUCUUGGAAGACUUCUGUCUGUGUUGAGUCAAGCCUUUAACGGAGCCGUUGGCAACACAAGACGGUUUAAUAAUCGGUUUAAUGCUUUUGUUCCUCAUAGAAAAACAAGAGAAAGAAGCGAGAGAAAAGGAAGAAGGAAAUAAACAGGAAAAUAAAAAGGUUAGACAAAAACAUGAUGAACUACUACUCAGUUAUGUUUUACUGUUAUAGGAUAGGAAGCCUGCAUGGUAGGUAAGGGUGAAGGAAGGGCGAAUUUAUAUAUUGAUUUAGACAACGUUUUCUUACGGGACCUACUCGGGAAAUCCCUAGCGGGUAGGGAACGGGAUUCCCAUCAUCUUGCCUGCACUCGUAAGUAACUCUAUCAAUAUAGAGCAGCUGUCCUGUUGCUGUGUGCGGUGGAUCAUAUUGUCCAACGCCAAGAAUGAUCUCUUGCCAACGCGUACUGCCCUAUUUCUUUGUCCCUUUUAUACUGAAAUCAGGGCUCACGAUAGCCUAGCCUGCGUAGCUAGGGUUUUCGUGCGAUUUCGGAGCAAAAAACGAGGAUCGAGAGUCAAAGAUCUCGCGAAAAGCUCUCGCUCUCGUUCCAGUUUUCGCGCGGUCAAAACCGAAAACCCCAUUCCUCGGUCUUUCUUUGCUCUGAAACCAAACGGAAAACGCUUGCUACGCAGGCUAACGAUAGCCAAUCAGAUUGGAGGAUUUUUCUUGUGUGUUAUGGUUAUGAUUAAUUUUAGAGUGUUUAUGGCGUUUGCAGAAACGAAAAUCGUACAAGAAGAGAACUCCAAGUGGACCAGCCAGUACCGCCGGAGAAGCAAUUGAGAAGAUGUUAGUAGAAAAGAGAAUAUCUCUCAAAAUCAACUAUGAAGUGCUGAGAGAUCUGGAGACUAGUCAGUCCAGUAAACCUACUCUACCGGACAAACCUGCUGCUGAACCGGUUAUACCGGCCAAACAGGAAUUCCUCACUCCACGAGUACCUACAAGAACUGGUGGAAGAAAAAGGUGGGCUAAGCUCAGUGGGAAGUGUUACCAUGGGAAUAAACCCAUUUUGGGAAUUAGAGUCCUCGGUUACCUCUAGCAUGAACUUCGUUAGGACUCUGAGUUGGUGAAAACAGAUUGACCAUUUUUAAUUUAAUCUUCAAUCAUUCCAGUCUUUGGAAUAUGGGAAUUUUCUGUCUGUCUCUUUACCAACGCAUCACGGAAAGCCGCAAAAAUUUUGAGGACAACUCGGUUUAUCUUUCAAAGUUGUACUCUAAAUUCUAGUCUGACAGCAAACACUUCAAUUAUGGUAAACGAGGCGAGCCGCGAGAGAACACGCUCCUCGCACUCGCGUCUCCUCUCGCGUGACUCCUCGCGACUCCCCAAACGCGGAGCUUGCUUGCAGGCUAUCUAAAUUCUUACGGAGUCAACGAACGCUUUUCCUUUAACCAAUUUAUUCUUGCUUCCUUGUUUUGACCUUAUGAUAUUCCUUCUAAUAACCUUGCUCCAACAUACGGUAUUUAAGCCACAAUCUACAAUCCCCUGAUUCGCUCUCACAAAGGGUUCGUGCAUUAUUUUCCGGGCACCAUAUCAAAACUAUGUCAUAUACGGUAUAUCAAUAUAUAACAAUAUUAUUUUCCGAUACCAAUAUCAUUUCCCUACCUAUAAUAUAACUCCAACAUAUGGGUAUUGAAACCACACACAACCUACAAUCUCCUUAUUCGUUCUGCCGAAGGGCUAGCACUCCAAACGUUCGCUUCUCUAUCUCUCUACGGUUGCCAAUCGUCUUUAUUACCUCAGAUGAUAAAAACAAAUUCGUAGUUUUUCUCACAGAAUUCGAAGCCGACCUAACAUACUUUUUUUUUCAAGGAUGUAACUCGGUCGCUUACGCGGCAAGGUUUGACUGAACUGUUGAUUGUGCGCGAAUUGUUAAACUUCGUUCUCUUUGAAUUUCAGAGAUUCGUCUUCGCCUGCUGUUUUGCCAUCAGAAUCCUUCAAGAAACCAAAGGUAAGCGUGCUUACAGCUGAGACCGUAAGAUGGGGGUUUUACGGCAUUAGAGAGAUUAAGAUUCACGUUUACGGCAAACGGCAAACGUCAGAUUUAAGCUUAGAAUUUCUCAGAAUAGAAAAUAAGCCGAUAAAAACUGUCCAGAACAAUUCUUACGGAUAACACUGGCGUGAAACUACUUAGUUUUGAGUAGAAGUAAUAAACAGUACACGACAUUUAAGGGAAAACUUGGUCACGUGGUACAAAUUCACGUUUGCCGUUUGGCGUAAAUGUGAAUCUUAAUCUCUCUUAAGAUUCACGUUUACCGCAAACGGCAAACUUCAGAUUGAAAUUGAGAAUUUCUCAGAAUAGAAAAUAAACAGAUAAAAACAGUUCAGAAUGAUUCGUAUGGAUAAAACUGGUAUAAAACUACUUUUUCUGUGUGUGUAGAAGCAAUAAACAGUAAACGAAAAAUAAGGAGAAAACUUGGUCACGUGGUGCAAAUUCACGUUUGCCGUUUGGCGUAAACGUGAAUCUUAGUUCUCUCAAAUAGAGAGGUAAGAGAUUAGCAAAGCUGUUGUUUUGCUAAUCUAAACCUAUUGCUUUUUCGCUCCCGCCGCCGUCGCCAUUGUCAAUCAGGGCAUUUGUGCUAAAUACAUUGACACUCAAAUAAAGUUCUUUUUUAGCCUACCUUAUAACACUCUUAACAGACUGCACCUGUUUGGACAUUUGCCAAACACUGCAAACCGAAAGAACAUAGCAAACCGAAUUGAAAAAAUGUGGUUAGGAAAUCAUGAUCAUGUGCGUUUAGCAAUGACUAUUUGAAAGGAGUGUAACACUUAAAGCAAGCUACCGUAAUAUCCCGGUGGAAGUAAGCCUUGGGCCUAUACAAUGUGGUAAAAGAUUUAGGCGGAGCUUAUAUAUAUUCGUUAUGGGGUUACUCAGUAUAAUAAGCAGAAAAACAUUUUGAAACUGGCUGGCAACGAAACGUACUUUAUUUCACUAAAAUUCUAGAACAUAACAAGAAAUAGAUACACAUAGAUGAGCCUGUAGCCAGGGGAAGCCGCGGCUUACAAGUUGGGGGCGGGGGUGGGGGUGCUUAAUUAUAACGAAUGGAAUCUAGAUAGAUUUUCCUAUGACCGGCUGGCACUUAAAAGUUGAGGAGGGGGGUGGGGGAGGGGGGCGGUGAAACAGGGAUUUUACGGUACAACGCAGAAUGUCGACUCAAGAGUGCGUUAUCAUUUCCAGCUUACCCAGUCUCCAAAACCAGUCACCGAAGAAGAAAGCCAAAAUGAGGUAGUUGUUGAAAGUGGCCCAGUGGAGUAUGAGAAGAAUGAUGAAAAUACGCAAGAAUUCGAUGAACUGGAGGAGGAGGAGGAGGAGGGGGAACCAGUGAGUGUGACACAGCUCAUGGGACACAUAUACGAUGGAGGUAAGUUGCUUCCAUUUUUUCGGUAA